UCAAUUUUCAGUGUGCCGGCCGCCGUGUGACAUUUAAUAGGGCGACUUAUUUAAAUUCCAAUUUCCAGUAAUAUUUGUUUGAUCUUCGAUGUUUUUACACACACAAAAUGUUUUAAAUUGAAGUAAAUAUUUUAACAUCUCUUAAAGUUGUGAAAAAGAAAUCGGAACCAUGAAGGAACAUUUGUACGCACUCGGAGUUACCUGCAUCCAACUUAUCCAAUAUUGGUGCUCAGAUUAUGCUCCAUUCUUAGAGCAAGUGAACAAUUUCUAUAAUCCAAACAAUGUACUCGAUAUAUUGUUCCCAGUUAUAUCAUUUGUGGACUCUGUAUUUGCUUCACAGCUCUUACUUGUCACAUCAUUUGGUGGCUGGCUAAAUUGCAUAUUAAAAUGGUGGUUCCUAGAAGACAGACCAUACUGGUGGGUCCAAGAAACAAACUACUAUAUAGGAUCUGAAAGGCCUAAGUUGUUACAAACAUCUCAAACAUGUGAAACGGGGCCAGGAAAUCCUUCUGGGCAUACAGCUACUGCAGCUUCCGUUCUAGUUCUUGCUAUUAUGUGGAUUUCUCACAUUUUUAAUGAUCGCAAAUGGAAGACGUCUAUUUGGAAGUAUGCCGUAUACCCAUUGUUUGGAAGUCUACUGAUUAGUGUGAUGUUGGCAAGGAUGUACAUAGGUACACACUUUCCACACCAGUGUAUUAUAGGAGCAAUAAUUGGUGCGUUCCUGGCUCCAGCACUAUGCAUAUAUAUAUCGGAUCCCUAUAUAUGGCAAUAUGGCUCCUACUUGAAAUAUUCACCAAAGCAAUCAAUUAAAUUUCACAUGACAUGCGCAGUGACAGCUAUUGCAAUGUGUCUCGUUGCAUUUUAUACAUUGGUAUUGAGUGGAAUUGAUCCCGAAUAUACUGUGAGAUUGGCUUUCCGUUGGUGUGAUAAUCCAGAAGACAUCCAUGUUUCAACAACUCCAAUGUUCGCAAUGGUCCAAUGCACGGGUGCAAUGCUCGGAUGGUCUAUGUUCGUUACUCCAGCCGUUGCGAGAUUUCGCCACGACACAUACAAGAGAUCGUUCGUAGUUUCAGCCCUUUUGACUUUUGUUAUAACUUACGGAUUGCGCUGCGCAGAAGCAUCUAUACCCGAUGACAACAUUACGACAUUUUAUUCACUGAAUUUCAUCAUAAACAUCAUAAAACCACUUCUCUAUCUGAGAGUAUUGCCAGAGUUGUCGAUGUUGCCGUUCAAGGACAAACCUCAAAAUUAUUUUAAAUAAAAAUGGCGACGGAAUUGCGCGGUGUUUAAUAUCAAAUUUAUACCAAAUAUAUCUUAAAUGUAUGGCUCAUACUUAAGUAUAAAAAAUAGAAUAAUGUGUUGAAAAAAAAAUAUGGCAACAAAAAAAAUCGAUGUUGUGGUACUGCAUUUAAAAUAUGUGUCUAUUCUAAGCACAAAGAUGCUGAAUUAACCAGUAGCUGAGUCUGUAUUGAAAUAAGGAUUACCCCCAGUUUAUAAAAAAAUAGCACUUUUUAAUUAAAGUACUUUUCGUCUAUUUCUCUCAAACUGAUGAAAAGAAAGAGAUGAGUACUUUUUAAAUUAAAGUACUUUUCGUCUCUUUUUCUCAAACUGAUGAAAAGAAACAAAUUAGUAUUUUUUAAAUUAAAGUACUGAUGAAAAAAAAGAUAAGUACUUUUUUAAAAGGGAGCAAUUUAUAAAUAAGGGGGUAAAUCAAUCAGUGUGAUAUUUAAGACAUAAUUGUAAGCCUUCGGGUUUUUUUAUCUCGGUUAAGCUAUCCUAUUUUAGUUAAAUUUACAGUGUUAUUAAUUUAAUUUUGUUAAAACCAAUUGUUUCAAUUUAAAAUAGCGUUUUUUAUUUAUAUUGUUUUUAUGACAAAGUUUAUUGAGCUAUUAUUAGUUAUAAUUUUGAGCUUAUGACAAAUUAAUCUCGAAUGAUUGUGUGUAGACUUAAUUAUGCAUAGAAACUACAAAUUUACCUUGUUGAAAUUUAGAUCCAUACAUGAUAAAUGAUGUGAUUUAAAAAUAAACUUUCUUUUAAGUAUAUAAGAUUUGUGAAUCUAAACCUUCCAGGGUGCUAUAAAAAAAUUCAU